ACAGCUGAGCAGCACACCCCCGGUGGAAAUAUAGGGAUUAUUUUAGGGUCGCAGAAACCUAGUAGCAGUAGUACCAACGACCCCCAGCCGAAGCAGGGUGCCGCCCCAGUCCCAACAGCAGCAGCAGCCACAGCAGCCACAGCAGCCAUGCCUUUCUCAAACACCCACAACGCCAUGAAGCUCAAGUUCUCCGGCACCGAGGAGUUCCCCGACCUGAGCAAACACAACAACCACAUGGCCAAGAUCCUGACGCCCGCCAUGUACGAGCGCCUGCGCAGCAAGCAGACGCCCAGCGGCUUCACGCUCGACGACAUCAUCCAGACCGGCGUGGACAACCCAGGCCACCCCUUCAUCAUGACCGUGGGGUGUGUGGCCGGUGAUGAGGAGACCUACGAGGUGUUCAAGGAGCUUCUGGACCCCGUGAUUGAGGACCGCCACGGAGGAUACAAGCCCACCGACAAACACAAGACCGACCUCAACCCAGAGAACCUCAAGGGAGGUGAUGAUCUGGAUCCUAACUAUGUGUUGUCUUCUCGUGUGAGGACCGGUCGCAGCAUCCGCGGCUUCUGCCUGCCCCCCCACUGCAGCAGGGGCGAGCGCCGCGGCAUCGAGAAGCUCUCCGUGGAGGCUCUGGAUGCCCUUGACGGUGACCUGAAGGGCAAGUACUACGCGCUGAAGAACAUGACGGACGCCGAGCAGCAGCAGCUGAUCGAUGAUCACUUCCUGUUCGACAAGCCCGUCUCCCCCCUGCUGCUCGCCGCCGGCAUGGCCCGCGACUGGCCCGACGGCCGCGGCAUCUGGCAUAACGACACCAAGACCUUCCUGGUGUGGGUGAAUGAGGAGGAUCAUCUGCGCGUCAUCUCCAUGCAGAAGGGCGGCAACAUGAGGGAGGUCUUCACACGCUUCUGCACCGGCCUCACCAAGAUUGAGUCCCUGUUUAAGUCCAAGGGCCACCCCUUCAUGUGGAAUGAGCAUCUUGGCUACGUGCUGACGUGUCCGUCCAACCUGGGAACCGGCCUGAGGGGCGGAGUCCACGUCAAGCUGCCCAACCUCAGCAAGCACGCCAAGUUCGACGAAGCCCUCAAGAGGCUGCGCCUGCAGAAACGCGGAACAGGCGGCGUGGACACGGCUGCGGUGGGCGGUGUGUUUGACAUCUCCAACGCGGACCGUCUGGGCUUCUCGGAGGUGGAGCUGGUGCAGAUGGUGGUGGACGGCGUGAAGCUGCUGGUGGACAUGGAGAAGAGGCUGGAGAAGGGAGGCUCCAUCGACGACAUGAUGCCCGCCCAGAAGUAGACACCACCCCCUCGAAACCCUUAACACCUAACCCCCCUUCCCCCCUAGCCCCCAACCCCAUAUGAAGGAACGCACAUGCACGCACACAAGGCUCCUCCGAGCUCCUAGUAGUUUGUCAAGUUGGAAAACCCUACAAAUAAAUUUUGACCCACCUAA